CCCAAGUUUAUUUCUUUCUUCACUCUCUUUACCUUUGGCCCUUCCCAGAAAAUUCUUCCAAACUUAUUGUACCGACACAGUUAAUGAACAAUGCUGCAGAGACAAGACAGUCUGCUUUCAUCUUCUCACCGCCAAACCCCACCACCAGAAAAUCGCCAUGCAAAACAAAUUGGUUGCAUGGCCGGCUUCUUCAAGCUCUUAUCCAGAUAUCAAAAUAGAAACAAACGCCUUACUUCCGGUAGAAAGCAUGUAAAAUCGACUUCAAAGGAAGCUAAAACCAUGGUGGAACAGGAGAUGAAACAGCAGCAGCAAGAUUCUUCAUCUGCACUCAAAGAAGAUAACAAGAAUAUUUCAAACACAAAUGGCCAAAAUUUGGAAAACAAGAGAUUAUCAUCAUCAUGCGAUAUUACACCAAGAAGUCCUAUGCUUCCACCGGAGAUUCGACAAUCAAAUGCCUUAACCACAUCAGAGAAAAGCACCACUGCAAAAUCCCUAUUGGUGGCUCGACUGAUGGGGUUGGAGGAGCCAUCUGAGGUCAACAGGAACGUUAAAGUGGAACAGGAAAAGUCAUCCAGUAGUACUACUGAAGAAAAGAGAAGAAAGCUUUUGCGGGCGCUGGAGAAAUGCAAUGAAGAUUUGGAGAGUCUUAAGAAGAUUAUCGUAGCUGUACAAUCAGAUCAGAAGAAACGUCUCAAACCACCACCACCAGUAAUGAAGGAGGAUCAUAAUCUGGCUAAAACAUGCUUGAAAAGAAAUGUUGAACAGCUGAUGAUGAGGCCUGUGGCUGCGCUGGAGGAAAUGAGCCGUUAUUACCACACCACCAAAGCAAACUCUAAUGGAAUUAUAGCGCAUCAGAGUAAAAGAAUUUCAGUGAAGAAGCCAAGGGAAGAAGAUAACAUCUGCUACUUUACCAAAGUGAACACAGCAACAGUUAAAGAAAAGCAUAGAAUUACAACCCCCAGGUUUUGGAGCAGCAAAGCUAUGAUCCAAAGUGUAGAUGAAGUAUGCAAUCACAUCAGCUGGGGAGAAAAGAGAGAGCUGGGAAAUAUAGGAAUGGUGUUACAAAACUAUAUUUGCAAAGACUUGAUUGAAGAGGUUCUUUAUGAUUUAGGCUUCUGCAAAAUGCAUGAACUGCCGCUUGAGGCAUGUAAAAGGCGGCUUUCUUUUUAGUUUUCUCUUUUUUUUUUCCAUCAUUUAAUUGAAGUUUGAACACUGUAACUGAAAGAACAAAGAUAAUCUUCUCUUUCGUAAGUUAGACAAGGAGAGAGUAGGGAAUCUUUCCAAACUUUGCACAAACAUUUAAAAGGAAAAUUUGAUGUUACGCAAUUGA